AGAACCAAUAAAAAAUUGCAAAAGCUUUUUGUUUUUCUAAAUAAUUUAAAAACAUCUCUUGCACAAUCUAAAAAAGAAAAAAAAAAUUGCAUGCAACGGAGGUAUUAAAAUACCAUUUUCAAAAUUUAUUACGCUUAAUCAUAAAAAAGCAUAAAGUGAAAAAUCGAUUAAUUAAUUAAAAAAAAUUGGAAUUCUUCUUCGGUUCUUUGGCAAUUAAAAAAUUCUUACAAAUGUAAUUCAUAAGAAAAUAAUAAAGAAAAAAGUUCUUCCAAUAAGAAAAUUAUAAAAAAUCAAAUAAAUAAAAAAAAUAAAUUGAUUAAUAUUUAAUAAUUUAAUUACACAAAAUUAAUACACAUAAUUCAAAACUAUAAACAUGAAGAUAUCAUACGAUUCUAUACGGACAGCCUUGAUGGCACCACUUUCUCCAAAAAAUUUGCGACUAUCAGCUAUUUUAAUAGCUAUAUAUCAAGUUCUUACAGCACAUGUAGCUCUUUUUCUAGCUCUUCUUGGUUUAGCUCAUGCUAAACAAAUGCGCAAAAUGCUAGAAGAUGAUAUCGCUGAUCAAGAUGAUUUAGGGGCUUAUUAUGAAUUUCGGCCAUAUAGAAAUGAAGUGAGCUUAUUUAGUGCAUCAAUAUUGGCACAGGUUACCGAAUUUUUCUUAUAUGUUGCAACUGCUGUUGCAUCUAUAUAUUUUGCUGUUUGCUUAGGAUUAUUCUUUGGUGUAUUUAAGUCUCGACCAUGUUUAAUUGUACCAUGGUUAGUAUUUGAUUUAACAUGGGCAAUAAGUCGUAUAUUUUUAAUAUAUUAUGGACAAGAUGAAAAAUUUGUUUAUAUUUUUGGAGGAAAAGUUGAAUAUUGGGCAUUUUGGACUGUUUACACUAUUUUCGAUUUAUUAAUUUGGUAUAUUGCAUAUUCAUUUUAUAUAAAUUUACGUGAGGUUAAUAAGUUAACAGAAAUUGCAACAGUAGCAAUUCCAUGUCCUGCUCCAGGAAUGGCACCAUAUCAUUUUCGACGUGAAAAUAUGCACUUAGGUAGUAAUGGCUACAAGCACAUUCUCUAUGACGCUGAUAUUGAGAAUCCAAAAAUUUGAAUCAAUCAAAAAUAUUUUCAUCAUUUUUUGUUACCCACUUCAACAAUUUAAAGGAAAAGAAAGCUAAAAAAGGCAAAAAAAAAAAAAAACAAAUUCAUCUAGACACAUUCAUAAUUUAAUAAUAAUAAUAUUGUGAAAUAAAUGCUUAGAAUCUGCUUUUAGUUAAAAUUAAAGCAUUUUAGACAAAAAAAAGAAAAAAAAAUAGAGAAAUUAUAAUAUAAUGUUAGCCUAAAGAAAUUCACAUACGCUCAGAAUUCGCUACAAUUAUAAUAGCCAUAGACACACAUAUAUUUAUACAUGUAUUAAAUUAAUAUUUUUUUUCUCUUAUUUUCUUUCAAAUAAGGAUUCUGAAACUGAUAGCAAAAAACAAUACUGAACAGAUCAGAUAUAGC